AUAUCGAUUGUGUGCUGUGGUUGCUGUGAAUUUCUUGUAUUCAGUUCCGGACGUUAAACGCGACUGUGCGGUUGUUUUCGUUGAACUAAUGCGGAGGAAAUUUUUUCCAAUUAUUGUUUUUCUUUGUACCAAACAACAAAAAAAGAGUUGAGUUUUUUUGUGUUGAAGAAGAAAAAAGAAGUUGUAGAAAAAUAAAAUAAAAUUCGUUAAGCCCCCCACAAUCAAUACUAAGGAAAUAAAAAAGAAAAUAAAAAACGGCGGUUAAAUAUUUCGUUUUCCAAACCAAAACCAAAUAAAAUUGGGAGAUGAACAAAAAUUUGAUAAAAAAAAAAAGAAUUUUUAGUUUUGCUUCAAAUUAAAAUCGAAUUUUAAUAAAAUCCAAUAAGAAAAAAAAAAACAAAACAAGUGAUUAAAUAUUAAUUUGCAAAACGGAAAAAGAGAGAAAAAGAAAGAAGAUAAAUAAAGCUAUUGUGAGAAUUGUUUAACUUUUAAACAAUAAAAUUAAAUUUUAUCUCUGUUGCGAAAAGUGGCUCGAAAAUUUAAUAAAAAUUUGUUUUUUUUUAACAAAAUAAGAAAGGAAACACCAACAAAGAAUCAAAUCCUUUGAACCUCGUCUACUGCGCCAACUUUGUACAACUUACAAAUACAUUGGCAUUGCCACCUUUUUGAGGUAUACACACACAAAUACAGUGACGAGAAGGAGAUCUCAGAUACUUCCUCCACAGACUCCAAAUUUUGAUGUACAGAAUAGAGUCUGUAUCUAAAGAGCAGCCAGCCAGCAAACCAACCAAACGACAACACCAACAACAAUAAUAACAAGCCAAAAACCCCAACAACAAAAAAUAUCUACCAGACAAAAUAGUUAAAUCAUUAUUUCUGUGUACCUAUAUGCGAGAGUUUUAUGACCGUCAGUCAGUCAGUCACUGCUAAAGGAGUUUUUUUUUAUUAUUGCCAGAGAAGAGAACAACAACUUUAGCCACUGUGUGUUUUUGUUGUUGUUGUAUAUAUAGUGCAUAUAGAAACUCACCAAACAGCAUCCUUUUUUUGUGUGAAGUUGGCCAUUUGAAGUUGUCCCAAGACACCAAAAGAAAAAACCUGAAAUUUGAAAAGAAGUAAAAAAACUGGUUCAGUGUUGGAAAACUUGAAAAGAAAUAGAUUUGGAUUUUAAACAGCUGUAAGCAUCAGUAUCAGAGAAAAAAAAAAUAAUAAAACACAGAGAGGAAACUAUUACAAUUCGAAGAGAUUUAAUUUUGGAAAUUUAAAGAUUCACUUGCAAAAGCAGUUCUCACAAUAUUGAAUUAUUAUUGUAAAUCAAUUUGAAUAAAAAUAAUAAAGCAACCCGCACUAAUAACAACACCAAUGAUCGCGUCUCCGGUAACUUUAAAACAAUUGUAUACAAAUAUUUAAGAAAUAUAUCAACAAACAAACCAUUAAAUUGGUUAACUCUUAUACUAAUUAUUCUAAUAAAACUGGAAUAUAAUAAACAGCAGCAAAAUGUUGGAUCGAUGUGAAAUGCCGGUUCAGAUCGACAACGACAAAUGUCGUCGUGAUCGUGAUGCACGUCUCUCCAAUUCACGUAUCGAUUUGCCCAAUCUCUGUAAUGGUGGCACAACACGUGGCUCCUCGCGCAAUCAUCAUCACUCGAAUGGCCAUCAUCAUACGUCACAAAUGCAACAGCAGCAGCAGCAAAGUUCACAUCGCAGUCCAUCGAAUGACAAUCUAAAUAAUAUCAAUAACAACAACAACAAUAAUAAUAGCAACAACAACCAUAAUAACAAUAAUCUAGGUUCACCCGUCUCCUCAAAUACUGUAUCGUCACAUGGCAACUCAUCGAGCGGAGAAAGGGGUUCGUCCACAAAAUCGAACAGCAGUACGGGCAGUGGCAAUUCGGGCAGAGAUGAAAUGAAAUGUAUAACACCCAUGACACCAUCAGAACUUGUUAAAAAAUACAGUAACUAUUUGACUGACAUGGAAUUCGAAGAACUCAAAGUCUACAAGGAAAUUUGGUAUUUUGGCCAAAAUGCCAAUAAGAAUUACUCCAAUAAGCCUGCAGCUUCCACAACCAAUUCGGGUUAUGAUGAUGAGUUGGGAAAUUACAAAAUUAUUGAACAUGAUCACAUCGCCUUUCGUUAUGAAAUACUCGAAAUAAUUGGCAAAGGUAGCUUUGGCCAGGUCAUACGGGCCUUGGAUCACAAGACCAACACCCAUGUGGCCAUAAAAAUCAUACGCAACAAGAAACGUUUUCUCAAUCAGGCUGUGGUUGAGUUGAAUAUUCUGGAUGAAUUACGGGAAAAAGAUGCCGACGGAUCUCACAAUGUUAUACAUAUGCUGGAUUAUAUGUAUUUUAGGAAACAUUUGUGCAUAACUUUUGAACUGAUGAGUCUUAAUUUGUAUGAGCUGAUCAAAAAGAACAACUACAAUGGCUUCAGCAUGAGUCUAAUAAGGCGUUUCUGCAAUUCCAUUGUAAAAUGUCUACGUCUGUUGUAUAAAGAGAAUAUCAUACACUGUGAUCUCAAACCAGAAAACAUACUCCUUAAACAACGAGGCAGCAGCUCAAUAAAGGUCAUCGAUUUUGGCAGCUCGUGCUAUGUCAAUCGCAAAGUCUACACCUACAUCCAGUCGAGAUUCUAUCGUUCACCCGAAGUCAUAUUGGGUCUGCAAUAUGGCACUGCCAUUGAUAUGUGGAGUUUAGGUUGCAUCCUCGCUGAACUGUACACUGGUUUCCCUUUGUUUCCUGGCGAAAAUGAAGUUGAACAGCUAGCUUGCAUUAUGGAAAUACUUGGACUGCCGCCAAAAGAUCUCAUUGCCACAGCGACCAGACGUCGCCUGUUCUUCGAUUCGCGUGGCGCUCCACGUUGUGUCACAAACUCCAAGGGCCGUAAACGUACGCCGGGCACCAAAACUCUAUCCCAGGUGUUGGUGUGUCAAGAUCGUCAUUUUAUCAAUUUCCUCUAUCGUUGUCUGGAAUGGGAUCCUGCGGAACGUAUGACACCCGAUGAGGCUGCUCAUCAUGAAUUCUUACAGCCGUCUUCGUCUUCCCGUCAUCGUUCGUGUCGCAUGUCCACAUCGUCAUCGACCGGUGGUCUGAAUAACUCAUCCUCGCAGAAAUCGUCAUGUUAUAGCUUUGCCGAUAUCUCACCCUCGGCAGCAAAUAGUGGCAGUGGUCCAGUUGUGGCCUCCAUUACAAGCACCACAACCGUUAGCAAUGCUGCCAUAACAACGACAACAAAUAAAUCCACACGCUCCACAAACAUACCCCACAUGACCACCACAUCAACUGCCAAUGGGGGCAGUGGUAGCCAUCAUCAUGUCUCCUCAUCACUGCAUCCCACCCAUGCUCAAUCCUCAGGUCAUUUACCCGACAUUAAGUUAUCGGCUGGUGAUAAGUACAAUAGCAUGCAAAAAAUGGCUGUGCGUUCCAAGAUAACAUCAUCGGUAUCAGAUCUCGAAUCCGUGCAACAAUAUUCGUUACAUCGUCUGUAUGGCACCACGGGUGGCUCCAAUGGCACCCUGGUGGGUGGUCACAGUAACUCACACCUCACCCAAUCUGCAUCACGUAAACACUUGAUAACCGGCACAGUGGGCUCCACAUCGUCCAUUAAAUAUGGCGGCAUUGCCACAUUGGGUCACAAUCAUCACAAUGGCAAUCAUCAUGUGCCGCAAUUGAAUGGCUCCUCGCAUCAUACAACGGCCUCGAACAAUAACAUUAAUAUGUCGCAUUCUCAAUCGACUGGCGAUGUGUCGGCCAUAUUUGGACGUGCUUGACUUCGUGCCCGACCCACAAAACUUGAGCUCAAAAAAUGCAAACUAGUCAAUAUGGUGGAUUUUUGGAGCUAGAAGUGGAAGCAACUGGGCACGGACAAUGGCAAUGCCAAUGGCAAUGAUGAGACAAAAACGUGAGAGGAAAGGGAAGAGCAAGUGAACGAGAGAAAUGCUAAAAGAUUGAUUGUCCGUCUCAAAAAGAUUAUGAAUGAAUGAAUGAAUUGAGUUUUCCAGAAUCAUGGAGGAAAUGUUGCAAAAUGCUGUGUUUUUAAGAAAAAGUUUUUAAUUUUAAAUUUCUUUCUUUAGAUUAUAAGAAUUAAUAAUUAGUAAUUAAGUAAAGAAAGUGAUCAAUAUAUAUCUAUAAAAUUAAUUAAAAAAAAAUAUAUAAUAAUAAAAACUAAAAUAAUUGAAAAAGAAAAAAAAAAGGAAAGAAAUAUAAACUACAAUUGAAAGUGGUAGAAAGUAGGAGAAACCAAUUGCUCAAUGUAACCAAUAAAGGAACGAAUUGAAAAUAAUUAUGAAAUAAUGAAAAUAAAAAUUCACCACUGCUUGAAAGGGUCUAAAAAUGGAAAUAGCAUAUUUUGGUUGAUGUAUUGCGUUUGAAAAGGAUUUUUCGAGUAUUUUUCCGGAAAAAAAAUUGGUGUGGUGAAUUUCUGAAGAAACUCACCACGGUACAAAAAUUGUGUAUAAUGAUGAAGAAAACCCUGCCAAUUAUUUUUGAAAUAAUGAGAAGAAUUUUUGGGCCAUUAGAAAAAUUUUAUUGGUGGUGAAAUUUUCGUUAAAUUCACCACAAAUUUUUUUCUUCAUGGAAAUUCAAAAAUUGGCGGAAACAUAAACAUUUUUGGACCAAUCGAAAGUAUUGAUGAAUUUUUGCCACCAUAAAUAAAUGGUAACUACAGUAAAUAUUCUCACCACACUUAAUGAAUACAGAGAGACAUACAAUGAAUUUGCAUAUAAACUUUUUUACCAUAAGCCAGUAAUCAAUGGUUUGUAAUAACUUUAUUAAACUCUAAUGGAUUUUAUAUACUAAAAGUAAAUUAACAGACAUAUGUUUAACGUAACUAAAUCCCCACCCUCCACUUCCUGUUACAACAAAAACAAA